UGUCGGUUUCUCCGACAGGUGUUCCACGGAGGGAGAAGCGCGCCUGAGGGAAGCCCACCGGAGCAUACAAGAAUAACGACGCAGCCAUUCCCCGCUCCCCCUGCUUCGAGCGAUAACUGGCAUUUACCUUCCGUACUGUGGAAAUGGAGGGUGUCGUGGCACAGUCUUCCUCCUCCUACCCAGAAGCAAGGCUUCUUAGCGUUGGUUUUACUUUGUCCUCUCCUGACGAAGUUCGGUUGUACUCUACUAGCGAUUGCUCAAUUAAUUACCCCAGUCAAUUAAUGAACCCAUUCCUCGGUUUACCUGUGGAAUCUGGUAAAUGUGAAUCAUGCGGGACAUCAGAACCUGGGGAAUGUGAAGGUCACUUUGGGUAUAUAGAGUUUCCCACGCCAAUAUUUCACCCACAUCAUGUCAGCGAAAUGAAGCGCAUUUUGAGCAAGAUAUGCUUGAAUUGUUUAAGCAUAAAAAAGCAGAAGGAAAAACAGACUGCUGGUCUGAGCUCAGCCAAGAUUUCAGGAAUUUCAUAUCAACCUUGCUCCAAAUGUCAGAUGUUUCCAGUACUGAUAAAAGAGGCAAAGAAUAUUGAUGGAGCUUCAUGUUUAGAGCUGAAAUUUCCAAAAGGGAAAGAGCCUGAUUGGAGCUUCUUGGAUAGAUAUGGAUAUCAUUACCCAACUGCACCUUGUCGACCAUUACUCCCCCAUGAGGCUUUGCAGAUUCUGGAAAAUCUUCCUCAAGAUACCGUUACUGCACUAGCUAGAAGGGGUUGCUUUCCACAAUCUGGUCUUGUAUUGAAAUGUUUGCCUGUGCCUCCUAAUUGUCUCUGUGUACCUGACCUUCCUGAUGCUAUAAGUAGCAUGUCAUCUGAUCCUACCAUGUCCAUGCUCAGAAGAAUACUAACCAAGGCGGAUAUGAUCAAGAGGUCAAGGUAUGGCGUUGUUAACUUUGAGUCACAUGAAAUUGAAUCUGGUGAUCUGCAGGCUGCAUGUGCACAAUAUAUGCAGCAGAGAGGUGCUGCUAAGGCUCCUAAAACUAUUGAAAAAAAGCUUAGAGAAAUGAAUGUUUGUGCAAAGGCAUGGCUUGAGAAGAUACGAACAUUAUUUAUUCGGAAAGGCUCAGGUUUCUCUUCUCGCUGUGUGAUAACUGGUGAUGCAUAUACUGGAAUAGAUGAAAUAGGAUUGCCACUUGAAAUUGCACGAAAGAUUACAUUUGAGGAGAGGGUUACAUCUUUUAACAGGGAUAAAUUACAGGCACUUGUAGAUAAAGGUUUCUGCCUUGGUUAUAAAGAUGGGUUAUGUAGAUACACAAUGAGGGAAAGUUUGAAGAUGCCUCAUUCUCUCGAAAUUGGUCAAGCUAUCAAUCGGAGGAUCAUUGAUGGUGAUCUGGUCUUUGUCAACAGGCCUCCUAGUACUCACAAGCACUCAUUGCAAGCACUGUCUGUUUAUAUCCAUGACGAUCAUGUUGUUAAGAUCAACCCUCUCAUCUGCGGUGCUCUUGGUGCUGAUUUCGAUGGUGAUUGCAUCCAUAUAUACUAUCCUCAGUCCUUAUCGGCCAAGGCAGAAGUCCAAGAACUCUUUGCUGUUGAGAAGCAGUUACAGAGUUCCCACAAUGGAAUGUUGAACGUUCAACUGGUGCUUGACUCUGUUUUGGCUGCAAAGCUCAUUUAUAAGGACUUUUUCAUAGACAGAGCCCAAACACAACAGUUAAUUAUGUGGACAUCACCACAGUUGAUAGAGCCGGCAGUUAUUAAAGCUAAUGGAGCUGGACCUUUCUGGACAUUCUUACAAGUACUUCAGACAGCCUUACCUGAAUUACUUGAUUGCCAUGGUCAGAGAUACGAAGUUACAAAGAGUGAAUUUCUUGAAUUUGAAAUAAAAAAAGGCCAGCUUGAAACAUAUCUGACUGAAAUAUUUAAGUUGAUACUUAUAACAAAAGGUCCAUCCAAAGAAGUUAGAGUCUUUAAUGUGCUGCAGCCAUUGCUUAUGGAGAUUUUGUUUUUCCAUGGCUGUAGUUUAGGACUAAAUGACUUCUAUGUUCCACAGCAUGUUAUGCAUGAUAUUGGACGUCAACUUCAGGAUCUGACACCUUUGCUGCACUUUAUGAGGUCGACAAAUAAUGAGCUUGUUGAAUCACAAGUAGAUUGUUACUUAAAAGAGGUGAAGCGUCCGGUUACUCAAUAUAUUUCCAAAUCAUCAUCACUGGGUUCACUGAUAGAUACCAGCAGUGAUCAGGCAGUCAGUAAGGUGGUUCAACAGCUUGGAUUUUUGGGUCAGCAGUUAUAUUCGAGGGGGAAGUACUAUUCUAACAAUUUGGUGGAUUACUUUAUCUCCCAUUCUCGACAGAAGUACAUAGAGGGAAAUCAGUAUUCCCCCGAGUCAUUGGGUUUGGUUGGUGGCUGUUUGUUUAAUGGGUUGGACCCUUUCGAAGAUUUAAUACAUUCAGUUGCAUCAAGAGAGGGAAUAGUUCGGUCAUCAAGAGGGCUUACAGAGCCUGGUCUUCUGUUUAAGAAUCUGAUGGCAAUUCUGCGCAAUGUGACAAUUUGCUAUGAUGGGACAGUCAGGAACAUGUGCACUAAUGCGAUUGUUCAGUUCACAUACUCCAUUAGAAAUGGAGCUGCUCCUGAAGCUUCCUUUUCUGCUGGUGAGCCUGUUGGUGUAUUGGCAGCAACAGCGGUGUCAAAUCCUGCAUAUAAGGCUGUUCUAGAGUCCUCCCCCAGUAACAGCUCCUCCUGGGAUAAUAUGAAGGAGAUUCUCUUUUGCAAGCAUAACUCAAAAAAUGAUUACGUUGACUCACGUGUAAUAAUUUACCUAAGAGACUGUGACUGUGGAAGAACAUACUGCAAGGAGAAGGCAGCAGUGGUUGUUCAGAAUCACCUGCGGAGGAAGACCUUGAAGGAUCUCGCAGCUGAAUUUGUUGUUGAAUUUCAAAACGAGAUGACUCUACCUCACUGUUGUGGUACUGUUCCAGGACUUGUUGGGCAUAUCCAUCUUCAUAAGAUGCAAUUUGAUACCAUUGGUUGUACGAUUCAUGAAAUUCUACGUGAAUGUGAGAAUGUUAUGAAAAAGUUUGAAAAGAAAAAGCAUCCUCUUCAUCACUUUAAUAUGAAGAUUGCUUUGGAUGCUUGUGAGCACUGUCGGCUUGGCCUGCGUGGCUGUGGUAACAGUUUGAGGCCACCAUGCAUACAAUUCUCAUAUGCAGACAAAAAUGGGGCAUUAUAUGGUGGCUGCAUUGAGAAGACUUUAAAGAUGUUGUCCAAUGCUAUUUGCCCAACCUUGUUGCAGACUGUGGUUCAAGGUGAUCCACGAAUAGACAUGGUUAACAUUUUAUGGGUGAAUCCCAGUGCAACAUCUUGGGUUGAAAAUCCCACAAAAUCAGAAAGAGGUGAGUUGGCUCUUGAAGUUGUGAUUCAGAGAAGUGCUUUGAAAAAUAAAGGUGAUGCUUGGAGGAUUGCCAUGGACUGUUGCUUGGCUGUGAUGCCACUGAUUGAUGAGGCACGUUGUAUUCCAUAUGGUAUUCAGCAAAUUCAGGAAAGACUGGGAAUUUCAUGUGCCUUUGAUCAGUCAAUCCAGAGGUUAUCAUCAUCAAUGAAAAAUGUUGCAAAAGGGGUGCUGAAAGAGCACCUUAUUUUGGUGGGUAGUAGCAUGUCUGGCACUGGUAACCUUCUUGGCUUCAACACUACUGGAUAUAAGGCAUUGUUUCGCACCUUUGAAGUGCCCGUACCAUUUACCGAAUCUACACUAUAUACACCAAUGAAAUGUUUUGAGAGAGCAGCAGAAAGGUGUCAUAGUGAUUCUUUAUGCAGUGUCGUUGCAUCAUGUUCUUGGGGAAAGCGCGUAGCUCUGGGUACAGGAGCAUCAUUUGAAAUCACAUGGACCGACAAUCAAAUGGAGUGUUCGGAUUUAUAUAACUUUUUACACUUGGUGAACAAAAUGCCAAAUGAUAGGGAAUUGAGCAGCUUGUGUCUUGGUGCAGAUGUCGAUGACAUUGACAUGGAUUUUUGUGGGUCUCCAAAUAGCCCAUUAAAUGGUGAGAAACUUUCCUUUGAUGAAGAUAUAUGGGACUCCAAAGAUGAUAAUGUUACUGCAAUGGAAAGUUUAGGCAAAUCAUGUUGGUCAAAUGGGUCCCCAUUGGCUGUGGCAUCUAACGGUUGGGGAGACUGGGGUGAUGAUGUUCAAACCGAGACAGCAAAAGCAUGGAAUACCAAAGAAGGCUCAUGGCCUAGUUGUGGGAAGGAAUCAAAGAACAAACAAGUCAGUCAAGGGGUGGUGCAAGUAGAGGCAAGCGGUUGGCCUUGUUUUGGGGCAGAAAAGAAGCAAAAUACGGAUCCACAUCAAAUUGAUGCAGUAGUGGUUAGACAUAGUUUUGGCUCAUGGGAUCAGAAGGAAUUGCAGAACCAUGAAUAUGAUCCUUGUUCAGUUGAUUCAAGUUCCAGUUCCUGGAAUAAAGAUGAACACACUGCUAGUUCUUUAUGUGGUGGAUGGGGAUCAAAAGAUGGACAUAGUUCUGAGAUGGACCAACAACUGGGAGAAAGUGGUUGGAUCUGUUCUGGGUCAGCAAAGAAGCAGACUCCAGAAAUAUCACCUUCUGGUUCACUAAUGGACAGCCAUGGUUUGCAUUCGUUGGAUCCAAAGGAACCAAAGAACCAGAAAGCUGAUAGUCUUGGUGCUCCUGUUUCAGAGUCUUGGGGUGAAUGGAGUCAGAAGGAUGAACUUACAUCUAGCAAGUCAGAGAGUUGGGAAUGCUGGGGCACAACUGAAAUGCAACAAAGUCAGACUAAUAAUGCCCAACCUUUCCUUGAAAAAGUCACAUCAUCACAAGAACUCACGGCCACAUGUGCGUCCCAGAGUUGGGGAUUUUCAGAUGCAGACUUGAAGUGGAAAGUGAGCACAAAAGCUUUAGAAACUGACAAAGAAAAAGAUACUCCACGUCGGCCAAAUCCACCAGGGUUUGCCUUUAAAUCUGGAAAGAUGCCCAAUUCAUCUUCUCAUGCGACAAGCACAUCAGAUGGUCAGAUUCAUAGAGGUGCAGGUCAUGCUGAUGCAUCCACAGAAAUACCAGAAAAUGUCAACAAAGUUGGUCCACUUACAGCAACAGGGAAGCCUAUGUCUAUGUUCACAGUGGAUGAACACAAAAUUCUUGCUGAUGUUGAGCCACUGUUGCUGUCAAUGAGAAGAAUUCUUCGUGGUUCAAGUUAUAAGGACGGUGACCGACUUUCAUUAGAAGAUCAGAAGUUUGUACUGGAAAAUAUUUUCCAUUAUCAUCCAAAUAAAGCAUCAAAAAUCAGUGAUAGCCUUGACUUUUUUAUGGUAGACAGGCAUGGUGCUCACCAAAAGACACGGUGCCUGCAUGUUGUGUCAGCAAAUGGGACCCGUGAAGAUUUCUCUUACUUGAAAUGUAUAGAGCAUUUUGUAUUGGAAAAAUAUCCAGAAAAUGCUGAAGCAUUCAACAAAAAGUACUUGGCAAAAAAGCGGCGUGACAAUAGUGAAAGCAACGUGGGUACACCAAGAGAUGGACCUCAUUCUUGAACUCGUUAUCUUCUUACCGGAGAGAGCAAGAUUAGUCUUGUUAGGUAAUGUUUAUCUAUAGUUGUACAUAGCAUGGAUUUGAAAGGGAAAUUCCUUUCUGACCUCUAGGCCCAUCUUUUGACAUGGUAUGACGUUGUAGAAGCUGACCUUCUACCAUUUUCACCAAGUGUAAUUUUAUUAUUAUCUUGUACAUGCUAAUGUUCUAUGUUCUUUUGUGUAUAUGGAUGUUCCAAUGCUGAUGCAUAAAGUUUCUAUUUGUUUC